CAACAACAAUUUCUCUUCUCUCUCAAGUGCAAUUUCUUUCCGAUCGAUAACACUCUUCUAUUUGUAAGCGAAGAAAGGGAAUUACAGCCAUGUUUUUCAAAUCACCCUCCCCAUCAAGAAUGACACCACCCACUUCACCUCUACGUCCCACUUUCUCAGAAUCUCUCAUGGAUGAGAACAUCCAAAUCGCUGAAUCACUCAUUUCUAAGUGGGAUUCAGAAAACACUGCCAAUGCCUGCAGCACCAGCUCUCUCUUCUCUGGCAACCGCCAAGAAGCCAAAGAAUACCUUCAAGUCAUCAAACACUUACAGUCCGCCAUGCACUAUUUCGCCGCCCAUACUCCAUCUUCACACAAACUCGUUCGUUCGCAAAAUCUCAUGCAAACCGCCAUGAAAAGACUUGAGAAAGAGUUUUACCAAAUGUUAAAGACCAAUAGAGAAUACUUGGACCCUGAAUCUGUUUCCACUCAGUCUUACUCAUCAAGAGCUUCAAGAGCCAGUCUUUCGGAUAUGGAAGAUGAUUCCGAGGAUGAGUUCAAAUUCACAGACGACAACAUUUCGGAAGUCGAACGUGUCUCUAUUGCUGCCGUGGCCGACUUGAAAUUAAUAGCUGAUUGCAUGAUAGCCUCCGGUUAUGGCAAAGAGUGCGUCAAGAUUUACAAGAUAAUCAGAAAAUCUGUUGUUGAUGAAGCGCUUUAUCAUUUAGGAGUUGAGAAACUAAGCUUGCCUGUGAUUCAGAAAAUGGAUUGGGAUCUUCUGGAGAUUAAAAUCAGGAGCUGGUUACACGCCGUUAAAACCGCUUUUAAAACGUUGUUUUACGGCGAAAGGAUUCUAUGCGACCAAGUGUUCUCGGCUUCCGACACUAUCAGAGAAACGUGUUUUACGGAAAUUUGUAAAGAGGGAGCUUUGACUCUAUUUGCAUUCCCGGAAAAUGUAGCAAAGUGCAAGAAAACUCCUGAGAAAAUGUUUCGUAUCUUGGACCUGUACGAAGCAAUUGCCGACCUCUGGCCUGAGACUGAGUCUAUUUUCAGCUUUGAAUCAACUUCAGUCGUCCGAUCACAAGCUGUGAAUUCAAUGAUCAAACUAGGCGAGGCUGCCCGUACGAUGCUGGUGGAAUUUGAAGCGGCGAUUCAGAAAGAUACCUCAAAAUCCGGGCUUCCCGGUGGUGGAAUUCACCCCUUGACUCGCUAUGUAAUGAAUUACAUUGCUUUCCUCGCCGAUUAUUCCGGUUCACUUUCAGAUAUAGUCGCCGACUGGCCGUUAACGGUCAGUUCUCCGUUACCAGAAGCUUACUUUGGUAGCCCUGAAUCCGAGGACAACAUUUCCUCGCCAAUAGCCAUCAGGCUUGCUUGGCUUAUUCUGGUUCUGUUAUGCAAACUAGACGGCAAGGCUGAGUUGUACAAGGACGUAUCACUCUCUUACUUGUUCUUAGCCAACAAUAUCCAAUACAUCGUCGUAAAAGCCCGUACGUCGAACCUUAAAUUUAUCCUCGGCGAGGAAUGGGCGAUGAAGCACGAGGCAAAGGUGAGACAAUACGCAGCCAAUUAUGAGCGCAUGGGAUGGAGCAAGGUGUUUGCGUCAAUGCCGGAGAAUCCAACAGCUGAGAUUCCACUUGCUAAAGUCCGAAACUCGUUUCGGCAAUUUAACUUGUCUUUUGAAGACGCGUACAACAAACAGAGCUCGUGGGUCGUACCGGACCAGACAUUAAGAGACGAAAUAAAAAUUUCGUUAGCGAAGAGGAUCGUGCCGGUGUACCGUGCCUUUUACGAGAAGUAUCGGGUUAGUGCAAGCAGGGAGCCGGGGCCGGGGAAUCAAUCGUUGGUCAGAUUUGCCCCCGAUGAUUUGGGAAAUUACUUGUCGGAUUUGUUUUACGGAACCAGUGGGUCCGGUAGCGUUUCAUCUCAUUCGUCGUCGCAUUCCAGUCAAGGAGGGCGGAAUCGUUGAAAAAAUAAAAAAACAGCUGUUUGCCGGCCAAGUUGAUUAUUUUAAGCUCGUGUUUUUUUUUUGUGCAUAAAAAGAUUUUCAAUGAGAGCAAGACACGUGUAUGAGGUAAAUAUGUAUACGGAAGCAUUGACUGAUUGAUGUGUUGACACCUGUAAUUAGAAUUCUUUUAUUUUCCGGAUGAUA